UCUACCGGAAGUACACGACAGUCAUGUUUUGUAAAUAAACUGUUCUACUUUUAUAUUUAUUUGUAGUCUUAUGGCAGUCGGACCAGAAAGGGUACGAUUGUAAUUUGUAUAUAUCUGUUUAAGUGCUUGAUGAAUCUGGAUUUUUUAUUUGUGGACAAACACUUAAACUAGUCACUCCACUUCACUGGCAAGUCUUUACUUCGAAGGUAGCACCCACUAAACCUCCAUGAUGUGGGAUGUUGAGAUCAGGGGCAUGGCAUCGGCUCAUGCAAUUGUUGCUUCCUCCAUCUUCAUGGCAACUGUGAUGCCUGCUGUGUUUGUGGAAAACUUCUCUGUUUAUGGGAGCCACAUGGUUUGGCUGUACUGUGUGGCUGGAUCUGUUGCUGUGGUCAACAUUACAGUCUUUUGGCUUCUUGGCAUCAGCCCACCAACAAAGAAGAACACACUGAGCUACAAGCUCAACAGAUUGUUCAGAUCCUGUCUGUACUUUUUACUGUCAUGCCUCUUUUUUCAUACUGUGGUGGUACUUUACGGUGCACCUUUGCUUGAGUCUGCUCUGGAGACAUUUUCUCUGGCUGUGCUGCUGUCCACACUCACGACACUGAGAUGUCUCUGUGUCCUGGGUCCUAAUGUACAGGCAUGGAUCCGGGUUUUCAGCAGAGAUGGGGCGAUGUCCGUGUGGGACACCUCUCUUCAGAUUACCACUGGCUGUAGUGUGAUUGGGGCCUGGCUGGGAGCUUUCCCUAUUCCUCUCGACUGGGAUAGACCCUGGCAGGUUUGGCCCAUUUCUUGUACCCUUGGGGCAACUACUGGAUUUCUGACUGGCCUCCUCGCUGCUCCUGUCUGGAUCCACUGGCAUCGCAAACAGCUCACCUACAAGCUCAAGUGAGGAAAAGGACACCAGAAACUGAGAGAGAAAGAGAUCCAGGCUGGAGUCAAAAGACCAGCACCUGCUCCAAAUUCAAGAAAUGAUGCUCGACUCCGAAGUCACAUUUACAAAAAAAAAAAAAAAAAAAAUCUGUUGUUUCUGUUUUUUUUUUUGUUUUUUUUGUAGAAUAGAUAUUUAAUUUGUCAUAUGUUCCUAAUGGCAGUAAUUAUUUGAUAAUUCCUCUCUUUUUCCUGUAAAUUAAGCCAGUACUGACAUUUAGUAAUUUUGCAAUCCAAAUUGAGAUGCAGAGUUUCCCUUUUUGAAGUUAAAAAAAGUCUUACUUCUGUAAAUGACCCAUGGGUUUGGUUGUGCUGUUUAGGCUUGUCUGGGUUUGGUCUCCUAAAUGAACUCGUGCUUAAUAAGCCAGACACAGAAAUACAGUUUGACAGUUCUUGCUCAUUAGAAAGGGUGUCUCAGACAUCUCUUUCACUCUCUGUGCUUAUAUUUUUAAUAAAUCAUUUUGUCCAUUUUCA